GUUACUCUCACAUAAAAGGUGUUCAUUUCGCACAUAGAGUUUUUAGUGUAGGAACGUUAUCACUUAAGCAACCGUUUCUGCGGGGUUCAUUACUUGAAUGAAACUUUGGUACGUCGGUGUAUUUUGUCCGUGUACUUGACGGUACUUUUUGUUUACAAAAUGGCAGACUUCAGAACUUCUACUCUCGAUUAUUUCCCAGAGAACAUUUUAAUUGAUAUUUUAUCAUAUUUAGGUGUGCGAGAGCUCAUCAGAACUGGAAGGGUGUGUAAGAGAUGGAGACGCCUUGUAAAAGACCAACGACUAUGGCGAACUAUUGAUCUAACUGCAUGGAAAGGGGUGACGUCGCGCAUGCUGUGGGUUCUACUGCGCCAGUAUCUGGGCACUGGGCUCCGAUGCCUGCGGCUGCGUGGCUUGCUGCUCUCUGCUAGAGGCGGAGCAUUUCUCUCUGAGUCCUGGCUUAAGGCUUUGUCCUCCAGGUGCCCCCGUCUGCGCAGUCUUUCCCUGCUGCACGCAGACCUGAGAGGCUUGCGUAGUUGCCAGCUCCUGCCCACAACGCUGCAGGUCCUAGAGUUGCGUGGCUGUGAGCUACCACAGAGCUUUUUCACCCAGACCCCACCCAGUCCUGAGAAACAAGCUGAAGCUGCAUCAACUGCUUCUACUCAGCAACAGGGACGCGGUCAGACUGGGAAAGUGCCUGCCUCCACGUCAGGGAUUGCCAUUGAGACGAUGGUCCUUGAUAACGUGCCCUCCUUCACAGACCUGCACCUGCAGAGUCUGGCAUCUUGGUUGAAACUUAGCCGCCUAGAGCUGCGCAAUGUCCUUCGGGUGACAGCGGAAGGCCUUAGGCGCAGUGCUGCCCAAGAAACCGACUCGGGCUUAAACGGGCUCUCCAGGCUCAAGUACCUGGAGAUAGGGCACUUUGGACGGCCUGGCGCCCAGCUACAGAUGGCCUCCCUGGGGCUGGGGGUGGGCUGGCUCGGCCUAGAGGAGCUAAGCCUUGGCGGUAAGGAGGUGGGACCAGGCCUGCUGUCCGCCAGCCGCCUGAGGGACCUGAAGCGCCUGCGCCUCAGAUGCUGCAAGCUGAGAGAGAUGCAGGUGCUACGGAGCUGCAGGACGCUGCGGGAGCUGCGCCGGUUGGAGUUCUGUGAGGUGUUCUUCCAGGUUUGCCCAAAGACACCAGAGAGAGGGGGGGAGAGGGAGAGGCAGGGUGAGGAGGGGAGGGAGGAUGGUGCAGACGGUGGUGAUGAGAGCAAUGAUAAACUGGAUGAGAAUGACCCUGUGCCAAGUCUGCGCCGCUCACUUGCUGCUCUGCUGCCACAAUGUACACUACUAUUCACCAACUGCACUGUUACAACAACAUCAGACUAGAUUACAUACUAUGUUACACAUCUGGUUCCCUUAUUCUACAGUGGUAAAAUACAAGCUGUCAAAGCUAUAUUUAAAACCUGUUUGCAAACUC